AUGCCGACGCCGACGAUGCUCAGGUCUUUUCCGCUCUUCGUCGUCGUCGUCUUGCUGGUCCGGUCGCCGGCGGGUGCGGCGGCGGACGGCGGCGGGAACGCGACGGCGGAUUCGUGCCCGCUCGACCUGGGCUACGUGCGGACGUUCCCAUGGGACCCUACGCCGUGCGCGGGGGCCGCGCCCAACGUGACCGCCUGCUGCCAGACGCUGCUCUCCCUGUUCGGCAUCGGCCUCGCCGAGCGCCUCCGCGUCACGGGCAACUUCCGCCUCCCGUCCGCGGCGGCCUCCACGGCCUGCAUCGAGAGCUUCACGGACCUCAUCUCCGCCGCGCCGGCGGGCCUCUCGGGUUCCUCCCUGGUGCCGGAAUGCUUCCCGGACCCGAGCCAGUUCGCCAUCACCCCGUCCUACUGCGCCGGCGUCUCCACCGCGACGGAGUUCGCGGCCGCCGUCGGGAACGACUCCGUACAGGCUCUCAACUCCUCCUGCGGCCCCGACCUCGCCUCGCCGGCGACCUGCGCGCUCUGUUACAGCACCGGCGUCGCCGCCACCGCGCAUCUCACCACCGCCGCGGCCAACGAUAGCAAGUCGGGCUCCUGCUUCUACCUCUCCGUCCUCUACGCCGCUGGCAUCUCCAACUCCGCCGGCCCCACCUACCCACCCACCGCCGCCUGCGCUCUUGGCCUUGGCCUCUCGUCCCCUCCCCCCGCGCCGUCGAAGUCUAGCAACGUGGCCGUCUACGCCGCCACCAUCCCAAUCGCAUUCGUGCUCCUCGCAUCGCUCUUCGGCUUCUUUCUUUGGAGGAGGAAGCGAACGCAUGCCAAUAGCAAGAAGAAGAGCCACAAGAUCUGCGAGGAGGGCGGGCGGCGCGUGCUGGACAUGACGGCGCCGGCGGGGCCCGUGUUGAUCACUGACUGGGCGUGGACGCUCGUCAAGGCCGGGCACGCGAGGGAGGUGCUCGACGAGGCGCUGUCCACCGCCGAGAGCCCGCGGAGCGGGGUCAUGGAAAGGUUCGUGCUGGUUGGAAUCCUGUGCGCGCACGUGAUGGUGGCGCUCCGGCCGACCAUCAGCGACGCAGUGAGGAUGCUGGAGGGAGACAUGGACGUGCCAGAGCUGCCGGACCGGCCGCUACCGUAUGGGCACAGCGCCAUGUUCAGCGAAGCUGGGAAUACCUUCAGCAUCUCACUGGCGUUCAGUGGUCCGUUGGCCCCGUUCAUCGACAAUGGGGACAUGCUGAGGUGA